CCAUGAGAGUCCCUCAUGGCGAGUCUCAAGGCAGGCCCUCGGCCCAUCUCUAAUGAGCAGCAAUGCACGGGCCUGCACACUACACCAGGGUAUACUCCCAUGGUAAUGACGAAGAAAUUCCUGGUUCUGAACAUGGCCAUCGUUCUGGUCAACGCCGCCAUCGGCCUCUUUAUCAACAUGGCCAUAUUUUCUGGCCCCGUCGGCGUCCGGGAGCGCUUUGUCGUCCUGCCUGAGGAUGUUGCACCGAACGAAGCACCGAUCCUGGAAUACGCCACAGAGGACCCGACAGCGAACGGCACAGAGCCAAGGGACGCCAUCGGGUGCCAGAAAUCCCCUGAAUCCCGCUUCGCUUCCUUUGACUCGAGUCGCGGCUUCGUGGACAAGUCUCGAAUGUUCAAGACUCAUCCGUUCUUCAUUCCGGGAGACCGUUGGGAGAACACCACUUCGUCCUGGAAGGUGUGCAUGUCCCUCCAGACGUCGGUGGACCUCCUCUUCUGGCUGAGCAGGCAGGUGGAGAUGUGGACGGGCCCGAUCUCCGUCGCGGUCUUCACCCCUGACGCGGAUUACACCGUCGCGCUAAGAAUGAUCAAGUACCUUAAGACGUGUAACCCCGAGGGCAUGAGCAGCGUAAGCUUCCACGUGGCGUACCCGAAGAAUCACCCGCCGAGGUACAUACGCGAGGAGGACGACGUUGUGAAGGAGUACAACUGCGACGCUCCGGAGACGGUUAACAAGGAGCUGCUGCGAGAACUGCGAUCGGAAGAGCUGCAGCGGAUGAUCCAGAACUCACGCUACCCCCAAAACCUCCUGAGGAACGUCGCCAGAGAGGGGUGUCCCAGCGACUUCGCCUUCACUCCGGACAUCGACAUGAUCCCCAUCUCCCGCAUGGCUGACGACCUCAACGCGUUCCUGGCCACGAGCGGGGAGGCGCAGUGCAACAAGUGUGCCUUUGUCAUCCCUACUUACGAAAUACACACAGCAGUCACCACCAACCCGAAGGACAAAGUCGAACUCCGUAAGCUGAUCAUUGAGAAACGAGCCCAGAGGUUCCACAUCAAGUCUUUCGCUCCUAAUCAAGCCAAUUCUAACCUCGGCAAGUGGGAGAGGACAGCAAUAACACCCAAAUUACAAGUGCUCUACAACAUUACCACGUGGAGGAGCUACUGGGAGCCUAUUUACGUUACGAAGGCGAACGUGCCUUCCUUCGACGAGCGUUUCGUGGGUUACGGCUUCACCAGGAACACCCAGGUAUAUGAGAUGCACGUAGCAGAUUACACGUGGCACAUGCUAAGUAACGUGUUUCUGUGCCACCGUGGAUUCCAGACCGUCAAGACACACAGUAAAGUCAGAAGAGCGCAGAUCAGAGAGAAUGGCAAAAAGUAUCAGGCUUUCCGAAUGGAGCUGUACGCUAGGUAUGGCAAAGAAGCGGCCAACUACGAACCCAAGAAAAAAGCAGGCAAUAAAACGAAAGCAGACAAAAAUAAGAAAAACGUCAUCAAAAUGAAAACAAAAAAACAGACGAAAUGAAAAGGAACUGAAGUAAAUAAAAGUGUGAGUAUAAAAAGAAAAAAAAAUGACGCUGGGAGGAAGAGAAAGUGAAUAACGGUGAAAAUAUUUUUUUUAGAAAUGUAAGUAAAAGUGAAGCAAAUAGCAAUGCGAACGGUUAUUUAAAAACUAAUAAUAAUAAAAUAAUUAUCAUA